CUGUUACCUUUGCCACUGCUGGCAUCCAGUUACUCCUGAUGCACAGUGGAAUCAUCCACAAUGAUUCCUGCAUUUUUGUCUUUGAAGGUUUCCCUUCUCCACAGGGGGACAGAAUGCUCUAGUUUUUUCCAUGUGCUCUGAGAAGAAAUACUAUCUUUGUCCCAUGCUUUCUGACAUACACUGAUUUUUCUCUUUGCUUUGGUCAUAGCUACCUUUAUAAAAAAUAGUAAAUAUCUUCUGAAUUCUCUUUUUGCUUGGGUUCUUUUAAGUCAUUGCACUCGUUUUAGUCUUCUGAGGAAUAGACAGGGCUACCUGUGGAAGGCCUGACAACACGAUCUCCUUUUACUUCCUGAAGAUGGGUAGUUACACUUUUGACCACAUUGCUUAAUUAUUUAUUUCAUUUAAGUUAUCUGCAAAAUAGCUGUGAUAUUAAGUUUGUCUCUUCAGGUGUGUGUUGAAACUUAACUAAAUUUUGUAAAGUGCUCUGAGAGCAAUUGAAAUGCAAAGCAUUAUUGGCUUGUCCUGCUUCACCUACCUUGCCCAUGUGGCUUUCUGCAACUCCAGAUUGUGGUUUGAGGCAUUCAGCACUGCCAUUUCCCUACCUUAGAGGUGCUUUUAACACCUUUCAUCCACCUUGUGUUAGUGUGUAACCAGAUUCAGUGUAAAGACCUCUUCAGAAAAAUCAAAUGCACUUCUAGUCUUAAAGAAACAGCAGAUAUUUUUAUAAAAUUUACUCAUCUCUAGAAGAUGUGUAUGUUGUGGACAUUCAGGUGUUUACUUUGCCUCCAUUACUGUGUUUCCUGUAAAAACUAUAAGCUUUAAUUCUGUAGAUUAGAAGAGUGAAACAAGAAACAACAAUGCAAAGGAUUCUGGCAGGCCAGGAACCAAGGAAUUCCGAGAACUUGGGAAUACAGAACUGAGCUGUCUUGACUGGAUCUUCUGUGCUGUUCUUUGGAUUUGGGUGGCUAUUCUUCAUGCGUAAGCUCUUCAAGGAUUAUGAGGUGCGACAGUAUGUGGUCCAGGUGAUCUUCUCUGUGACUUUUGCCUUCUCUUGUACCAUGUUUGAACUCAUCAUCUUUGAGAUUUUGGGAGUGCUGAACAGCAGCUCUCGAUAUUUUCACUGGAAGCUGAACCUGUGUGUCAUUUUGCUCAUCCUAGUCUUUAUGGUACCCUUCUACAUUGGUUACUUUGUUGUGAGCAAUAUCAGAUUAUUGCACAGACAGAAACUGCUUUUUGCGUGUGUUCUCUGGUUGACAUUCAUGUAUUUCUUCUGGAAGUUGGGGGAUCCAUUUCCUAUCCUCAGCCCAAAACAUGGAAUCCUGUCUAUAGAACAGCUCAUCAGCCGCGUGGGUGUGAUUGGGGUGACACUCAUGGCUUUGCUGUCAGGAUUUGGGGCUGUCAACUGUCCAUACACUUACAUGUCCUACUUUCUAAGGAAUGUGACAGAUGCAGAUAUUCUGGCUUUGGAGCGACGACUCCUUCAGACUAUGGACAUGAUUGUUAGCAAGAAAAAAAGGAUAGCAGUGGCUCAUCGGACAAUGUUCCAGAGAGGAGAAGUGCAUAACAAACCCACGGGCUUCUGGGGAAUGAUAAAAAGUGUUACAACAUCUGUUGCAGGCAGUGAAAACCUGUCCCUUAUCCAGCAAGAAGUGGAUGCUCUAGAAGAGCUGAGUCGGCAGCUUUUUCUGGAAACUGCUGACUUGCAUGCAACAAAGGAGAGAAUAGAGUACUCAAAAACUUUCCAGGGAAAAUACUUUAAUUUUUUGGGUUAUUUUUUCUCCAUCUAUUGUGUCUGGAAAAUCUUCAUGGCAACCAUCAAUAUUGUAUUUGACCGUGUGGGGAAGACUGAUCCAGUCACAAGAGGAAUUGAGAUCACUGUAAAUUAUCUGGGAAUCCAGUUUGAUGUGAAAUUCUGGUCUCAGCACAUUUCCUUUAUUCUUGUUGGAAUAAUCAUUGUUACCUCUAUCAGAGGAUUGUUAAUCACACUUACAAAGUUCUUCUAUGCCAUUUCCAGCAGCAAGUCCUCCAAUGUUAUUGUUCUGCUUUUAGCACAGAUAAUGGGUAUGUACUUUGUGUCAUCAGUGCUCCUGAUCCGUAUGAGUAUGCCUCUAGAGUACCGCACUAUUAUUACAGAAGUCCUGGGAGAGCUCCAGUUCAACUUCUAUCAUCGUUGGUUUGAUGUGAUAUUCCUAGUUAGUGCACUGUCCAGUAUCCUUUUUCUCUAUUUAGCACACAAACAAGCCCCAGAAAAGCAUAUGGCCCUGUAAGGACGGACUACAGUCACACACUGCUCUCUGUCCUUUCAACUGCACUGCUGCAACUCCUGUGGACUGCAAAACUCGAAGACAGCCAGGACUAUUCUGUGUGUUCCAGCAGUGUAACUGGCUCUUUGAACUUCCACACAUGUCAUCAUCAAGCUCUGUGGCUCAUUUUGUUCAGGUGCCACAGCGUGAAGGAAAGGGGAUGCACGUAUUGAAUGUGAGAUAGUUCAUUGCCAAGUUAUAAGGUCACUCCUUGGCACACCAAUACGUAGGGGCAUUGGAACUUCGGUAGUAGGCUGUCUGAGGUAAGAUGCCUUACUUUUAGAAGAGAAGGCACCAAGAAAAUGUGAUUUGUCUGUUGAAAAUCAACUCAUAAUUGGGAUUCAGAGGAUGGCAAUUCUGGAGUUGAAUGUUUGAGUCUGUGGAAUUAAAUAAGCUUUUGUAAUGUUC